UAUGAAACUAGUUACAGUUCUGUUGCUCGUCGUCGUGGUUCUCUAUGUGGCACAUUCAGUAAACGGCCAACGUGGUGGACGGCCUGGUGGACCACCGGGUAGAGCUACUAGUGCGCCUAGGCGUUCAACAAGACGUACAACAAGAGCCACAACCAGAAGAACUACCGGACGUACCACCAGGCGUACAACGAGAGCCACAACAAGAAGAACUACCGGACGUACCACCAGGCGGACUACCAGACGUACUACAAGACGAACUACAAGACGUACAACAAGACCUACAACAAGACGAACUACCAGGCGUACAACAAGACCUACAACAAGACGAACUACCAGGCGUACUACCAGACGUACUACAAGACGUACAACAAGACGAACAACAAGACGUACUACCAGACGUUCAACUACUAGAAGGCCUAGCUGUCCAAGUACAUGCCCAGAUGUCUUUGAUCCUGUUUGUGGUACCGUGAAUCGCGGUGGAAGGAUUAUCAAUUGUAAUUUCAGCAAUAGAUGCCAACUCGCUUCCCACAUGUGCAGAAAGCGGGAGGUUUGGUCAUCGACUAAUGGUAACUGCGCCCAGAAGUCCAGUAACAGGGACUGUAGCUAAGCAGAGAAGACACACUUGAAUAUUAAAAAUGAAACGGACGAAACAUGUACGCAAAUACUUCUGGAAUAUAUUUGAUAAAAUAGAAUAAACAAAAUAAAAAUAAA